UGCAACUCUCUGGUCGAGCGUGUGUGUGCGCGCGCGCGUAUUUUUCGAGUGCUGAUCGUGAAUUUGCGUGGUUUUUGCCAGUAUUGGAGGGUAGCAAGUCUGCGGUGUUCUUUUUUUUCACGGCUUGCUUGGAUGCGUUGGUUGCUGUUGGUUAGUGACAGUUUGUAAGUGUCAUCAACGGUGAGGGUGAAGUUUUUAUUUUGGGACGUGUGUUUUUCAUCAACCUUUGCCGUAAAAUUCGCUAGGCCAAGGAAAAACAAUUCGACCGGUGUGUGAUGUAUGUAGAAAGCAAAAAAAGAACCUGCUAGUCAUGACACAUUGAUAUUUUUGUAAACACAAAUUGAAAAGUGGGUGCAAAGGCAAACAUAUUCAAAAGUGUCACCGCCACGAAGAAGCGUCAUUCUCACGCGUCCGUGUUUGAUUGUCAAAAUACGUGCGUCGUAUGGACGCUAUCUGUGUUCAAAUUAGCGAACACCCUAUUAGUGUCUGGAUCCAUUGUGUCAUCAUCUAGUAAACCAAACCAGGCUCUCCAUUCGUUUGGUCCAACGAAACACGACAAGCAGCCGGAAAGGACGUCCUCGCAAAUUCAAUAAUCUUAGAACAAGCUCAUCCUUACUCCACCGAUAAUACUCAUCAAGAAGCUGCCAACCUGUCGGUUUGUUAGGAUCCUCUAUUCGGCGAUUGAGUCGUUGCGUGCCCCCGUUCCUUCAAAGUUGUCAAAAUAGGUGCCAUGGGGAAAGACUAUUACAAAACUUUGGGGAUACCGAAAGGGUCCACAGAUGAAGAUAUCAAGAAGGCCUACCGGAAGCUGGCACUCAAAUUUCAUCCGGAUAAAAACAAAAGUCCAGGGGCCGAGGAAAAGUUCAAGGAGGUGGCCGAAGCUUACGAGGUACUGUCCGACAAGAAAAAGCGGGAGCUGUACGACAAAUUUGGCGAAGAAGGACUGAAAGGAAGGACAUCGAAUGGCACCAGCAAUUCGUCACAGAACUUCACGUAUGAGUUCCAUGGGGAUCCGCGGGCGACCUUUGCACAGUUCUUUGGAUCCAGCAAUCCGUUCGCCUCGUUUUUCGAUAUGCACAAUGACAGUAUGUUCAACGAUAGUCUGUUCAAUGAUGACGAUUUCUUCACACCGUUCAGCGGUCUGGGGAAUCGGCACGGGCUGGGAGGAGCUUUUAGGUCACACUCGUUCAACGUGCACUCACCCCUCAAGAAGGAAAAAGUGCAGGACCCACCGAUCGAGCACGAUCUCUACGUUACGCUGGAGGAGAUCUACCAUGGCUGUGUGAAGAAGAUGAAAAUCUCCCGGAGGGUGCUGCAACCGGAGGGCAGCUCCAAGAAGGAGGACAAAUACGUCAGUAUAUCGGUGCGGCCUGGGUGGAAAUCCGGCACCAAGGUCACCUUCCAGAAGGAGGGAGAUCAGAGCAAGGGCAAAAUACCGGCCGACAUAGUCUUCAUCAUCCGGGACAAACCACAUUCGCUGUUCCGGCGGGAGGGAAGCGAUCUGCGGUACACGGCACGACUAACGCUCAAACAGGCCCUCUGCGGUGUCAUUUUCGAGGUGCCGACCAUGACCGGCGAAAAGCUGCGCAUCAGUACAAAGCAGGAAAUCAUCAAACCCAACACGGUCAAGCGGAUUCAGGGCUACGGGCUGCCAUUCCCGAAGGAACCCUCCCGGAAAGGCGAUCUGCUGGUUGCGUUCGACAUCAAAUUCCCCGACAAGCUGACCCCCUCGGAGAAGGAACUGCUGAAUGAUAUGCUGCCCAAUUCAUAGAUUCUCGUGUGUUUCCGGAAGGAGCACUACUGCCCUUUUCCCCUCAAUCCGCCCCUGGAAUUCGCCAUGCACACAUACUUCACGUCACGCUCUGUAGAAAAACAGAACCUACACUUUUGUUGGCUCUUGCUGCUGGAGGAAUAGAGAUUAUCCUAUUUUAUGUAUUUAAAAAAAAUAUUCAUAUACUUUUAGCAACCAAUUGGAAACUUCCUCGAAACACGCACACAUUCAAACAAAACUGACAAACACACAUGUAUUUUUCGUUGACUCGCUGUCGCCCUAUCAAUAUGAUUGCCCCCUUCGUUGGGUAAAAAAUUGAUUUGUUGGCCGAGUGGCGCCGCUAAUUAAAUUUGUAUUUUGUACUUUAGAUAUUGUACUUUAUGUUUAUUUAUCACUGAACAAACUCUUAACUCAUGUAAAUGCUGUAGAGGAGCAGACGAGAGAGAUUGAUAUGUAUCAGUUAAUUUGUAAAUAUUAACCAAACAAUAUAUUUUUUCAGUUAACUGUCACUCGCAUUGAA